AUGGUUGCACGUUUUCAUGCCGAAGAUGAACGUCUUGGCGUAGAUAAUGAAUUUGAGAAGUUCAAUUACAGUGUGAAACUGUUACAGGACAAAAUAAAAUUAAUUGAACAGAUAGAAAACCAAGCUACAUUUAUUGACUUUUCAAGUUUGAAAAGCUGCUUCAUGGAACAACAAAAAAAUUUAAAAAAUAUCAGUGAACUGGAUAAGUCAAUUGUUCAAAAGUACGAUCGUUUUAAGGAGUUAAACAACGCACUAUUUCAUCAUCAACUGGUGUAUGACAAUGUCGAACAAGUGACUGGUUUCUUUCAAAAACAAUAUGCUAACACUUGGCCUUAA